AAAAACUUUCAAUUGUUGCUUAUUCAAAAGAAACAUUUUUAAGAGAUGCUGAAAAAAAAUAUGGAGUUCAUUAUUCACAAAUAUCAAGUUGGCAUAAAAAUGAAUCAAUUUUAUUAGAAGCUAAUCCUAAUAGUUAUCAUAUUAAUGCUGGUACAAAACCUUUUUAUUCAAAUAUUGAAGAAGAUUUAAUUAAAUGGAUUGAAAUAUACGUUAAGAUGGAAUUACC